UCGCUGCCUUUUGUUCGCUUCGCCUCUUUUUGCGGGCGCUUCGUUGGCUGCCUCUCCUGCCCGCCAGCCACAGCCAGAGGCACUGGGCGGCCUUUUCUCUUGGAGUGCUCUUCGUGGGAGUUCUCUCAGCUUUCUCUCGCUCGAUCUCUUCCUCGUUUCUGGGGUGUACGCUCCCUGUCGCUCUUUCCUCGUCGGGGGGCUGCGGGAGCGAGUGAGGUCAGUUUAGGCUUGUGCGAUUUGCCGAUGUGGAGGAGGCAGUAGGAGAGAGAGGGGGGAGUGAGGGAGGAGAGAGACAGCAGGAGGCAGGUGAACGGCCAACAAGAAAGCUCGGCCGCAGCCCCGACAGCAUCGCCGCCAUGUCCGAUUCUGCAGGGGAGGCGAAGCCCACCGCCAUGUCUGCCGACGACACGACCUCUCAGAGGGACGUCCUUAAUCUGCUUGACGAGAGGCUGAAGAACAUGGCCUUAGGUUACCUCGAAACGUUACCCAUUCGUGUACGGAAGAGGGUGGAAGCGCUGCGCACUCUCCAAUCCAAGCAUGAUGAAUUGGAGGCCGACUUUGAGAAGGAGCUGACUGCCCUGGAAGUGAAGUACGAAAAGCUUUAUGAGCCUCUCUACGAGCAGAGGGCGGCCGUAGUCGUCGGCGAUGUCGAGCCUGAAGAUCAGGUGGAGGCGCCCCCUCCUGCCUCCACUCCGCCCGCCGAAGGCGCCGCCGCCACAGAGGACAUUGCGAAUGCCAAGGGUAUUCCGAAUUUUUGGUUGACGGCCAUGAAAAACUUCGAUAUGAUUGGCGAGAUGGUCACAGCGCGAGACGAGCCGGCGCUGAAGUACCUGAGAGAUGUGAAGUGGAAUCGACUUGAGGACGGGAAGAGUUUCAAGAUCGACUUCUUCUUCAACGAGAACCCUUAUUUCUCUAACAGCGUGCUGAGCAAAACCUAUCAUAUGAUAGAGGAGGACGAGCCAGUCUUGGAGAAAUCGGAGGGAACGGAGAUCGACUGGUUGGCGGGAAAGAACUUGUGCGUGAAGGUGAUGCAAAAGCGCACGGCGAGGAAGGGUAACAAGCCGGGAAGGAUAGCGACGAAGACAGAGAAGUGCAAGAGCUUCUUCAACUUCUUUUCGGCGCCGGAAAUUCCUGAUGAGUUGAGUGCCCUAGACGAGGAGGAGGCGGAGCAGCUCCAAGAAAUCAUGGAAGAGGAUUACGAGGUUGGGGCUGCAAUCAGAGAGAAGCUUAUCCCGCACGCGGUGUCAUGGUUCACGGGAGAGGCUGUGCAAGAGGACGAUGACGAUGAUGAAGAAGGUGAUGAAGAAGAUGAGGACGAUGAAGACGACGAUGAAGAUGAUGAUGGUGAGGACGAGGAUGAGGCUCCAGCAGCGCGAAAGAAGGGUGGUGAUGCCAAGGCUUCCAAGUCCAAAACUGGCAAGGCGGACGGAGAUCAACCGCCUGAUUGCAAGCAGCAGUGAGUGAAGGUGUGUGUGCGUGCUUGCGUGAGUGCAGGUGGUGUGUGUGUUUGUGUGUGUGUGUGUGUGUGCGUGUGCGUGCGUGCGUGGGCGUUUAGUGUUUGUGGCCGAGAUUAAUGGAGAAGGUUUGACUCUUUUCGGCCUUCUGCGAAACGGUGCGGGGAGAGGAAAUAGUACCCUAGUUUGCUGGUCUUUUCUUGGUCGUUUCUGUGUUUUUUUUUUCGCCCUGAUUUUUUUUUGGCCGUGAUUUUCUGGUUGUUUUGGUUUCUUCUUCUUCCCUCCGCUUCAAUGAGUAGACCAUAUUCUUAGGUGAGUCUAUAGAAUUCCAAGAGGCUUGUUUUGAAGGAAGAGGGACGCGGAGAGAGCGUAGAGAGCGGGAGAGAGAUAGCUGGGGGGAUACAAUUAGAGGGGGGACGUAGGGUGGAUUGGAGGGGGACAUUUACGGCAUCUGAAGAGCGGGAAAGAAGGAGAUAGCGCGGGAGCUCAGGCAUUAGGGCCGUUUGUUUGCGGGUGUUGUUUUGCUAGAUGGGCUUAUCCUGUCCUCGCGUUGGAAUUGAGGAGAAAAAAUUAUGUCAAGGCAGUCAUCAUUUUCAUUUUCUUCCAUCGCAAUCAGAGGAGACGAAAGACUUUGUUCCCAUUCUAUCUGGUUUUUACAGCUGUUCGAUCAUCUGCCAAUCAUUGGUAAACAGUCUUUGGGAAUAUCCUGCUUGAGUGACAUGCUGAAAGAAAGGUCUGUGUUUUUCCUUCCGAGGAGUUAUCAAAGAUGUUUCCCGGACAUCAUGUGAGCGAGUAACGUAUUCAAUUCUUUACUCAUAUCCUUUUGCUUCGGUUCUGUGGGUGAUGACUAUCGUCUUCACUGGAAUGAAACGCCUGGGCAUUAUAGCUGUAUUUAGGGCAACAUUCAGUCUUGGUGUUGCAAUAAUGACCGGGCGUUUAAUUCAGGGGAAGAAGGUAGGCGAAGUUUCUGGUGUAAUACACGAACGGACGGUUAUUUUGUCCUGGGGCUGAAGAACGUGCCAAUGCAUUCUGCGCUAGACCCCCCCCUUGUCCGAUCGGACGCUUGGCGUGUGGACCAGGUUCUUCUCCUCUGUCGCUUGCUAUGUACCGUCUUCCCCCGAAUACAACGCAUCCUCGAUUUGACUGCAUAGCACCGCAAUUGUAGCCUGUAUACAUUCUUCACGAUUAGGGUGCGUUGUUCACGGGGGGGGGGGAACGUAAUCUUCUUUUGUGUUCUGCAAUGCAAAGUGGUCAUCAUGAAUGUGGUUCUUUUGAAAUCAACUCUUUGCGUGAUUUAGAGUCUUUAAAUGUCGGCUUUCCAGUUGCGCGUAACGAGUUUUCGCUGCCAUCUGUCCGUGUACCGGAGUGCUUGACUACAAUAUAAUGCAAGAACGAGAAGGAGAGAAGGUAUGUGUCUAUGACAAGGAUAUUGACGGGGUCGUCGUAUGCGUGUAAAUUCGGUUGGGAGUGGGGGAGGGGGAGGGAUGAGAAGUGGGGGAGGAAGUGGAGUGAGGAGGGAACAAAGAACGCUCCUGUUCUGUUCGCUUAUGGAGUGCUGAACGGCAUUUUCGGCGUAAUCGUGGGCUCUCUUGUCAUGUAUGACUGUUUGAAUGGAUGGAUCUUCCAUCCUGGGCAGGCAUGCAUGCAUGUGAUUCGGUGUUUUCUUUUGACGAGUCCAACGCAACACGUGGAGUGGUUUAUUGGUCUCUCUUUGCAGAAAAAAAGCAGCCGAUUCAUUUGGGGAAUAGAAUACGUUCCUCUGCCGACACUUUGAAUGGGUAAUUGGUCCCUCUUUUUGCUGAGAAAGAGCAGCAGAUCCGUCGGCGAACAGAGCAUGUUCCACGUGAAUUUAGCGGCAAAG